UAAACUGUCAUUCUCAUUCGUGGUGAAAAUUUUUGCUCAAAUUGGUUGCGUUUAGUUCAGAGUGGAACAAAAUUCGUUUUUGAACUCAAAUACGUGUUAAAACGAAAAUUUUCUUGGGUAUAUUAUGAACGGAGCAGUCGUAAUGGGUGGUGCUAACGAUUACGCUAACAGUGGUGGCAGUAGCAACAGCAACAUUAACGAGUCUUCCCCUGUUCGGGAUGAUUAUCGUAAAGACGGUUCCGAAGAGCCAUCCCCGGCGAAGUCUUCGUCUUCUAAACGCGAAAAAGACCGCGACCGUGACAGCCGUGAAAGUCGCGGAAAGGACCGUGACCAUGACAGCCGUGAUCGCAGCCGUGACAGAGAUCGUGGUCGUGACCGUCGCGAUCGUGAGCGAGAUCGUGACCAGAUAAAUCAUCCUUCUAAAAAUGUUUACGUUGAGCCGACGAAAACUGCUAAAAGCCCUCGGCUAGUAGAAGCAGAGCCAGGUGCGGUGAACCGCGUUCGAGCAGCAUCAACAGCCCUGAUAUCAAAUACGAAAAUUCCGUCGUACAUUGCACAACCAGUGUAUGAUCUCCGUCAGACGGCGGAUGUAGCGUUUGGGCCCGGAACUCGUUCGGCUCUUCUGGGCAUACUGGGCGGAGCUUUACCACGGCUAACCACCGAACAACAUGAACUGGUUACUCGGGCUAAAAAGUACGCCAUGGAGCAGAGUAUCAAAAUGGUGCUAAUGAAGCAAACGCUUGCCCACCAACAGCAGCAGUUGGCCAGUCAGCGGACCCAGGUGCAGCGGCAGCAGGCUCUAGCCCUGAUGUGCAGAGUAUACGUGGGCAGCAUUUCAUUUGAACUUAAGGAAGAUACAAUCCGCGCGGCGUUCCUCCCGUUUGGUCCCAUAAAAUCGAUCAACAUGUCGUGGGAUCCGAUCACGCAAAAGCACAAAGGUUUCGCCUUCGUAGAGUAUGAAAUACCGGAGGGGGCACAACUUGCACUGGAACAGAUGAAUGGAGCAAUGCUGGGAGGGCGAAACAUAAAGGUUGGGCGACCAAGCAACAUGCCGCAGGCUCAGCAAGUUAUUGACGAAAUUCAAGAGGAAGCUAAGAACUACAAUCGCAUCUACAUUGCAUCCAUCCAUCCGGACUUGACCGAAGAGGACAUAAAGAGUGUCUUCGAGGCAUUUGGGCCAAUUGUCAUCUGUAAGAUGUCCCAGGGUAGUGCCGCUCACACGCACAAGGGUUACGCGUUUAUCGAGUACCAAACGAACCAGUCGGCGAUUGAGGCUAUCGCUAGCAUGAAUCUCUUUGAUUUAGGUGGACAGCUGCUGAGGGUUGGUCGUUCCAUUACACCACCGAAUGCGCUGAUGGGUCCAGCUGCGAACUCCGCGAUGCCAACGGCAGCGGCCGUUGCUGCAGCUGCUGCCACAGCUAAGAUCCAAGCUAUGGACGCCGUUGCAACCAACGCCGUGCUGGGUCUGUCGGCUACAUCACCGACAUUAAAAGUUGGUCUUGGAACCUUGCCAAUCACACAGACUAUCACUACGGCCUCGAAUGCAGGUCUAGUUGCACAAACACAGCUAGCAGUCGCCGGACAAGCGGCAGUUAUUGCGCAACCUGGAUUGCUAGUGCCGCCAGUGACCAAUGUCACUAGUUUGACAUCAUCACUACUGGGCAGUCCUGUUUUGGCUAAUACAGCUGUGCCAUUGCAGGCCGUAUUAAGCGGAGCUAAUCCAGCGGCCGUUGCUGCAGCAACCGCGGCUGCUGCGGUUGCAGCAGCAGCUGCUGCUGCCAAUCCAAAUGCUACAGCCGAAGAAGUGCUUAAGAAAGCCCAGGAAAAGCAACAAGAAGAAUUGCAAAAGAAGCUGCUAGAGGAAGGUGAGCCGCAGACUCUGCAGCAACAAGAAACAAUGUCAAUCAAGGGCCAAAGCGCACGUCAUCUGGUUAUGCAACGGUUGAUGCGUCCACGUGAAAGUAAGGUCAUUAUUCUGCGUAAUAUGGUGGGUCCCGAGGAUGUAGAUGAAACGCUGCAGGAAGAGAUUCAGGACGAGUGUGGUAAAUAUGGAAUUGUGGAGCGGGUUAUUAUCUACAAGGAGCGCCAAUCUGAAGGUGACUAUGCCGAGGACGACAACACCGACGUAAUUGUCAAGAUUUUUGUCGAAUUCUCACAGGCCGCCGAAGCAGAUAAAGCCUGCGAAGCACUCCACGGUCGCUAUUUUGCUGGCCGACUGGUCAAGGCCGAGUCCUAUGACCAAGCGCUCUUUGACCAUGGCGAUCUGUCUGGUUAAGAUAGCAACACAGACGAAGAGCGUGACCACACUCUGAUCCGCCUUGAAUCUUCAAAUGCAAAGCGUUUCUUCUAUUUUAAUGAAAAGCAGAAACUAUUUCAACAUCUACCCCAGCGCCAGUUAGUAUUAAGGAUAAAUGUGUAUGAUCUAUUUUACUAUUCACUAUUACCCGUGGCGAGAGCAUGAAAAGAGAUAAAUCACAUAAGCAAAAGUAUAUACCUAUACCUAAGAACACACUUGUUGAGUCACAAUUAAACAAAGUGAAAACGAUUGAUUUGCUAAUCAUAACAAUUUAAUUAUAGCCUAUUAUUAUAAUUGUAUAUACAAUAGCGCUUCUCAUAAGCAGAUCAAAUAAAGCUUCAUUAUUUUAAAAACGGA